CCAAUUUCUCUCUGCAAGUCCAAAUCUUCACUCUCUGCACUCACAUUCGCCAAUGGGAAAACCCUCAGAAACCUCAUCAUCAUCCACUCCAUCACGCAGAAGCAGCAGAUCGGAGAAGCCCCAUCUUCAAAGCCCCAAAUCUCAAUGGCCGGAGACACCAGAGAAGCCGCCGACGCGUGUCCGCAACCGCGGCGUCGCGCUCUCUAUCGCCGACAUCAGGAAGGUCGCCGUGGGCCUUCAGGAUCGGAAGCCGCGCACUGAAACGGCGCCGUCGCAGGCCAAAACCGCCAGAAGACAGAUCGUUCUGCCUUCGCCGCGUAAACCCCAUAUUGUCGCUGAUGAACCCUUCAAGAUUCCGGAGAAAUAUGAAAUUUUCUGCAGAUUCUUCGAUAGCUUGGAUAGUUCGAUUCGGUUGCUGCGUUUGAAAGGUUCGACGCCAUCGUUUACGAAUGUAAGCCAGAAGAUUGAAUGUUUGACUGAUAGGAGGUUUACACAUGCUCAUUUGGCUCAGUUGAAAUUUAUCUUGCCGGAAGCGGUGGUUAUUGAGAAGAUACUAGUGUUGGAUGAGCGUACCAGUUGUAUGAAACCAGAUCUUCAUGUUACUAUUGACCCUGCUGCAGUAGAGUCUGCUGCAAAGGGACUCCCUCAAUCUGGGAAUGUGUCGCUGAGGAGGAUGUUUCGCGAUCGUCUCAGGGAUUUUUGUAAAUCUCAUCCUGAGGGCGAUGAAAUUCCAGAGGAGGCACUGCCUGAGCCAUUCAAUCACCCGAAGAAAGAACAUGUUUUGGACAAAUUGAAAACUCCCUCAUCAAUUUCUACAGGGACAUCAUCAGGUGCAUGUGUAGCUCAUCCUCCAGGAUCAUUGUCAGCAAGCAUGCAGAAUAAUGACAUUGCAGAUAACACAGAUCCUGCAUCAGUACCUGUCAAGACAUCAAUUGAAGCACUUAACCAACAACCAGUAGUAGCCUCUCACAUGUCUCAGUCUUUUAGAAGGCGUUUUUCUAUGAAAUCUAAGGACAAUGGAGCAGGCAGUGUACAGAAGCAAUCUCCAUCAGAUUCAUUCCAAAUCUUGUCUUUGCCAGUUUCAGAGUCCAGCCUCAAGAAAAAUCCCCCUAUUGAGGGGACUGAAUCGUAUCCUAAAAUACUACCAGCUGAGUUGGCUUCAGAAGCAGCCAGUAGUGACAAAUGUCCAGAAGUUCAUGUCACACCAUUCAGUGCUCCAUUUGCCACUCCAAGCAAAACCAUUGAGUAUACAGAAAACAAAGAUGGGUCUCUCAAAAGCAUUGAUGCCAUGUCAACUCCAGCUAAAAGUGUGUCUACUCCAUUGAGGUUGAUGACUGCCACACCUGCAUUGCCUCCGCCUAGAAGAAACUAUAUGAGCCCUGAUGAUCACUCUACCAGUUCACCAAGCAAGUUAGUUAGGCGUCCGCCUCGAUCAAGGUCAUUGAAAUUUGACACUCCAGUGAAAAGUGAAAUUGAUGAUGAUGUUUUUGAUAUUCUCUCGGAGGAUCUUAUCCAGUCGAUUAGGGAAAAGGAAAGAAUAGCAAUGGAGGAAAGAGAUCCAGCUAUCUCACAAGCAAGGAGACGGCAAAAAACUAUAGCCAGCCUCCCUAAGCUCUUUACCAUAAUUCAGAUGUUAUUUCAUUCAAUAAAGCGUUCUGUUAUGACAAAAGAGGAGCUUAUAAGCAAGAUAAUCUCAGGCAAUUGUGAUAUUGUUGACAGAAGUGAGGUUGAAGAACAGCUGAGUUUGUUGCUAGAAUUAGUACCUGAAUGGAUUUCUGAAAAGUUGGCCUCUAGUGGGGAUUUGCUAAUGUGCAUAAACAAAAUGUUGAAUGCUGAUACUCUGAGGGCAUCACUUGAAGAAGCUAAAUGACCAAGGAAGACAUAUUUGUUGCAAGAUCCAAUGGAGCCAUGAGGAAUAUUGUCCCCUUUUUGCGCUUUUCUUAUGGGGCAUAUUUAUGAUAGAGCCAUAAUUGGUAGAUCAACUCAGUUUUUUGUUUUUGUAAAUGUGUGUAUAUCACAAAACAGAUUGACCAGGAAAUGGAUCGGGGGAAAGACUGCCUUUUUCAUUUAUUUAGGACGAAUUAGCAAUGAUUUCUUCUUCCGAAAAUGUCAUGCAUGACUUGCAUGACAAUCUGACUAAUUGAUAUGAAAAUUGGAUUCGCCAUCACCAUACUUUUGAUAUCAAGAAAAGCAGUUGUUUAUUGUUGAA